AUGCAGACUCAAGAGAUCUACGACCAAGUUAACAGACGAUAUGGCUCAAUCGUCAAGAGUAGCACCGGACAGUAUGAGCAGAAAGUAGCAAAGGCCUUUGGAUAUACCGAAGAAGAGCUCUCUACCCUUCCCGAAGGUGCGAAUCUAGGGUUAAGCUGCGGCAAUCCCAUUGCGCUUGCAAGGCUGAGAGAGGGCGAAACUGUCGUAGACCUUGGGUCUGGCGCUGGUUUUGAUGUGUUUGCGGCUGCAAACAAAGUUGGCCCAACAGGCAGGGCCAUAGGAGUAGACAUGAACAAGAACAUGAUCGACAAGGCGAACGCAAACAAAGCUCGCGUCCACGCCUCAAACGUCCAGUUCAUCGAGAGCGCCAUCACUUCCAUCGCGCUGCCUGAUAAGGUUGCUGACUGCAUCAUUAGCAACUGCGUUAUUAACCUGGUCCCUACAGAGGAUAAACAGCUCGCGUUUAGUGAGAUGUUCCGAUUACUCAAGCCCGGUGGGAGACUUGCCAUCAGCGACAUACUCGCGCGCAAAGAGUUUACGGACGAAAUCAAGAAUAACAUUGCGCUUUAUGUCGGGUGCAUUGCCGGCGCUAGCAAAGUCAGCGAGUAUGACAAGUUUCUCGGGAACGCAGGCUUUCACGAUGUUCUCAUUGUGGAUAGCAAGAACGACUUGAAUGUGUACUGUACUACCGCUGAGGUCAAGCCAUCGUCGCAUCCGGAAACAGACGCCGUGCAAGAGGAACAGACGGUACCCUCGUGCUGUAGUACAGGCGCGAGAGCUAUUUGCUGUCGGCCGGAAGACAAGGAGUCCUGUUGUCAAGAUAACUCGUCCUCGUGUUCUUGCCAGAAGCAGUCGACGUCAAUGGCUACUCAAGUCACGACGCUGGCUGGUCAGUUGGGCAUCGCCGACUUCAACGAAUGGGCAGGCUCCUUCCAGGUCUAUGCUGUCAAGCCUGCGGCGGAUUAA